UCCUUCCACACGUGUUUUCUGUCAUCUUCCAGAAGCAGCAGCAGUAAGGGGGACCCGGCCGGCUCUUGUCUUGUGUCAGACUCAUUUAUUCUGUCUUUAAACGUCUUUAUAUUUCUACACAGUCAUGCUUAAGUCGGUUGUUCGUGCGGUGGGAGCCGCUGUUCGCGUUUCUUCAGUUACUACGUCCACAGCCCGAGCUCUGCCACUCAGCUGCCCGACUCUGCUCGCUCCAAGUUCGGCCACAACUCGGCCCUUCACCCGGUCUCUGUGGAUGCUGAAUAACAACGGAGCCUCGUCGGGAUACAGACCAAAACUGUUCAGUUCAAAAGUGUUGAGUCCGUCAGUAUCAUGUGGAUGUGGAGGACUACACACAGAAGGUGACAAAGCAUUCGGGGAUUUCCUGUCCGAUGAAAUCAAAGAGGAGAAAAAAAUCCAGAAGUCCAAAACCCUGCCCAAGAUGUCUGGAGGAUGGGAGCUGGAGAUGAACGGCACAGAAGCUAAACUCACCAGGAAUGUUGCUGGAGAAACAGUCACUGUCACAUUCAAUGUCAAUAACAGCAUCCCUCCUAACUUUGAAGAAGAAGCAGAACAGGGACAGCAGAAGUCAGCAGAAGAAGAGGAGGACAUUGUGUCGACACCCAACUUUGUUGUUGAAGUAACGAAACAGGCUGGAAAACAUUCCCUGGUAUUUGACUGCCACUUCCCUGAAGACGAGAUGAGUCACGGUGAAGGAGAAGAAGAAAGUGACAUCUUUGCCAUUCGUGAGGUCAGUUUCCAGCCCGAGGGAGACACGGACUGGAAGGAGACCAGCUACACACUCAACACAGACUCUCUGGACUGGGCCCUGUACGACCACCUAAUGGACUUCCUGGCUGACCGGGGGGUCGACAACACCUUCGCUGAUGAACUGAUGGAGCUGAGCACCGCCGCAGAGCAUCAAGAGUACAUCAAGUUCCUGGAAAACCUCCAAAUCUUUGUCAAAUGUAACUAAUGUUAGAUACUAGCUAUAUUUCACUUUUCCUCCAUACACACCCUGGCAGAGUCGAGUAUCAUGAUACAAUACGACUAAAGCAAAUGUUGCAGCACUGAUUGAUUGAUUGAUCUGAUACACUAAAGAGACUGAUGGUUACGUGCUUCAGUGUCGGUGACAGUGAGCACUUCAGUUCUUGGCUGCAAAUAAGUUCUUUGUUAAAAUGUGACUUUAUUUUUCUGUAACUUAAAUGAGGUAGUUUAAAUUAAAAUAUAUGAAGGUCAUAAACAGUCAUGGAAAAAGUUAUUAGACCACUGUUUUCUUUAAUUUAUUAAUUUUAAUGCCUGGUACAAUUAAAUGUAUAUUUGUUUGGACAAAUAUAAUGAUGAACAACAAAAAUGGUUCAUAAGAGUUUAAUUUAAGAGCUGAUAUCUAGACAUUUUCCUUGAUUUUGGUUAUUAUCAAGAAAACCAUGGAAAAUGUCCAGAUAUCAGCUCUUAAAAUAAACUCUUAUGAGCUGUUUUGUUUAUCAUUAUAUUUGUCCAAACAAGUGUCCCUUUAGUUGUACCAGGCAUUAAAAUGAACACAAAUUGAAGAAAAAAGGUGGUUUAAUAUUUUUUUCCAUGACUGUUUAAUACAGGUCAUGACUGUGCAGAAACCAUCUUUUUAAGAAAUGUCUCUCAAUUGUAGAGGACCCGUCUUAAUUGUAGUGGUUUUUAUACGGUCCAGUCGGUAUUUGUGAACGUCCAACUAUCCGAAAGCCAAUUAAAGGGACAAUGUGUCAAGAUUUAAAAUAAAAAACUCCACAAAGUGAAACGGUUUACAUAAUCAACCCCCUCUUCAGCACAUGUGAGCGCUCCUGGUUUUUCAGCUUGAGCCUCACUUCUUGCUUGCUUGGUAAAGAAGUUCAUGUUGACUAAUAUUGAUUUGACUGUAAGACCAUAACAUGUGAAGAGAAAAAAGAUCAGUGUUCAAUUAAACAGUUUGAUAUUAA